UCGUGGGCCUAAACCUUUUAACAAACUUUUCUAUUGUCGAAAAACCUUUUUAAUAAACUUACAAACAUUUAAAACCACUUUUAAUAAUUGCCUGGGCCGGAUUUCAUUAAUUAAGAGGGAUUAACAGGCCGUGUGAUGUAAAAUCAUAAAUAAGUAAAAGAUAGCGAAAAAAACAACUCAAAAUGUGGUCAUUUAUUUGACCAAACGGCCUUUGAUGUCAUUAAAUAAGAAGGGCAUUUCCGCCUAGACACAAAAUGAAAUUGUGGGCCCACCGACGACUUGCCACCAAAUUCCCAAAUUUUGGUUCCAACACUUACAUUUUCCAUCAAUUAUUACCAUACAAAAAACAUGAGAAUUUAUUACAAGUUUUCCUCCCAGACCAAUGGAGGAGGAAUGUCGAAUGUAUGGCCGAAAAGAAAAAAAAAAAAAAAAAGAAGAAUAAUGAUAGUAUUCCUAUUCGAAGCUCUAGGUUUCGUAACAGGUAACAAACAACAAAAACAUAAAAAUUCACUUAGUUAUCGAAAAUGAAAUUACAUUUUCAUGAAUAAAUCGACAUAUUUAUGUUUUUCAUUCUUCUUGAAACAUUUUUCAUAUAAUGUUUUCAUAACAACUAUGUGUUUUGGUCAGCCAAUCUCAGACAUAGUUGUCUCAGGCAAUCUUGGACAUUUUUCAUAACACAUAGUAGUCUGUCCCAGACAAUCUCAUACAUUUUUUAUUGAUGUCGCUGGGGAUCGAACUCAGAACCUUGCUGACACUCCAUCACCUAGGAGAUCAUAUAUGUUUUCAUAACCACUAUCUGUUUUGUUUUGAGACAAUCAUGCCAAAUUGACUAAAUUAUUUCGUUUUCAGACAAUCUGACCAAAUUAAUCGUUUGGCAGAAUCAAAUCUAGAUGCAGCAAUUCCACCUGAACAAUUUUAAAUUGACUCCUUGAGGCAAUUAUAAUUGUCGGGAGCGAGAUAGACAAUUCAAUUUGACUCGUUUUACAAAAUGAGUUUCAAUUGAUCCAUCCAAAUUACCUCAAACUUUUCUUCCCGGAAAGACACUUUCUGAAGAAGAGCAUUAUGAAGGGAAAAAAUUAUGUUUUCCUUUAAGUAUUAUAAAGGUUAAGUUGAUUACAAAGUAAUCGAUACUAUUGAAUUACAAUUUGACACAAUUCAGACAGCCUCACUCUGCAGAUGAGUGAAUGAUGUGAGUGGAUUACAGUAUCCACUCUUACACACAUUUUAUAUAGUCGGUAUAUAGUCGGGUACUCAAUGGGUUGCAGGUCAUUCGGGGUUGCAGGUCGUCCGAAUGACCCGCACCCCCACUUUGCCCAGGAAGAAAACGUAAUUCAAGGGUUUUUUUUCUUUUACCCCUGAAACGAGCAUUCCGGUUGUAGCUCCUCCGCGAACCGUGUAGAAGCCGCUGUAGAAGAGGAUGACCUUCAGUUGAAGCUUCUUCACGGACACUAGAGUGGAGAGAUUGGGAAUAGGAAAGGAAAUGAGAUGUAUGACAGCGGCAGAAGAAGGGAGAAAGAGACUGGGCGAUCGGCAGCGGACUAGGUUGAACGACGGCAGAAGCAGCCGGAGAAGAAAAGAGAAAGAAAAGGGUGGUCGGAGGAGGACGGGCGCAGAAGCCGGAGAAAGAAAAUGGUGAGAGAAUAAAUUAUUUUCCCGAAUCCCACCAGCCACCCAACCACGAUCUGUCUCGAAUCGAUAUCCACCAUCCGUCUGGUUUGGGGAAGAGCAGAAAACCUAAUUCCGCUCAUUGAAGAAAAUUCGAAGGAGAUCAUCCGCAACCUAAUUGCCGCGAAUUGAAGAAAGUUUGAAGGAGAUCAUCAGCAGAAAUCUUCGUAAGUCGAUGUGCGUUUGAUUUCGAUUCCUUCUUCUUGCGCUGUAAUUUGACGUCAUCCUGGAACUCGCUUCAUACCUGCUCCGAGUUCUUCUGUUUGUCUGUUUUCUAAUCGGUUUUUAACCCGGAGGGUGUAAUCCUUUCUCUACACUUGCUCUUGUUUUAUAUUAUUUAUUUAGAUAAUCCCAUCCACAAUUUGCAAGGAUCCUCCUUCCUGAUUUUGCAGGUCAAUGACAAAAAGAAGAAGAGAUGCUGCAGAUGUGCAGAAAAAGAAGUUGCAACAGCAGGCCGCUAGGAUGAGAAGUUUGGCAUGGGGUAAACCCAUGUGCACCACCUCUUCUAGGGUACUUGGCUGUGUCCCUGCUGCAGUUAUGCAAAAUAAGAAGCCGCAGACCCAGACCACCGGGAUAAGUGGCCCCUCAUCCACUCAACCCAUGAUCACAGCGUCUGACCCCUCCUUCACAGCAUCUAACUCCGGCUCUUCACAUGAUUGGGCGGCAUCAGAGAAGGCCUUUCUGGAUUCCAUUGAACUUCCUGACCCAUUUCGACCAGAACCCACCGAAAAUGAUGUAGUCAACAACUCCCCAUGGCUGGCAGCAAUGUGUCCGAACCUGUUUGCUAAGUAUAACAAGGGGUCUGAGAAGACACUGACUCAAGCGUUUCUUGAUAUGUUGAAGGCUGAAAUUGCACGACACCCUCCUCUUCCUCCCGAUUAUGAUUCUGAUGCUGAAUGGGAUAAUUAUGGAGGAGGAUGUCGUGACGAAAGUCAUUUGGCAAAUGAAGAGUUUGAUUGGGACUCGUUUCGGUCAACCAUUGUUCCUCCCCCACCCAAGAAAUGAGAAGAGGUAAAUUAGGGGGCACAUUCUGUCCCAGAAAGAGUUGUAUGAUUUGCUCUAUGGCCAUGCUACGUGCUCCGCGGCAUGGAUUUAAAGAAACAAUAGGCUUAUGAGUGAUAGAUAGGAUAUUGAGAUUGCAUGCUACAUGUAUUUUUUAUUGGUAGAGAGCAUUUCCAGCCCUUCUGUUGGUCAGAUACGUACAUAGGUUCUCUGGGAAUGUAAAUCGUGUUUUCAGCGAAUCAUAGAGAAACAAAUGUGUCGUAUUGUCAGUGAGGGUUUUGAAACUUAGAUUGUUUCAAGUUCUCUUCCCCCAGUUGUAUUGUAUCAAUGUUUUUUAUUUUAUUUGCAAGGUAGAUCUAUUCUUCAUAGUACGCAUACAUAUACGGCUAGUCAUUCUAUUUUUUUUCAUGGCUCUCCUACAUUUUCGCUUCGUUCUUGUUUUGUCCUUUUUGCCCGAUAACUUCUUCAUCAAGAUGAGCUUCUUAUUAUAAGUUUAGAACUUCUAGGUAUUUCAUAGGUUUAUGCUGCACAUUAUGCUAAGGUUUCUUGUCUUGCCCGCUUUUGAGUAAGAUUUGCAUCAUCAUGAGUACAAAGAUAAACAUUUAGUGUUUGUAUGGUUGCUGUCCUCUGAACAUUCUCUCAAGGUUUCUCGUUUGCUUUUUGGCCGUGUUAAGCUGAAAUAGUUUUAUGCUUUUCAUUUUGCAGGUGCAGUGGCUGGGCAGUCCUGAGUUGUCGGUUAAGGCGUCAUUAGGCUCAAUAUUAGUUUGAAGCCCGUAGUGCAUAGUGUCGUUGCAGAGAGACGACUAUAUUCUCGUACUUUUAACUUAAACUUUAGUAGUUUAUUAUCUCUGGAUUUCUGGUUAAGUUAACAAUGUAUGUGUAUUUGAGGGUCGGAAUGCUUGUACUAGUUUACUUAUCAACUUGAACCUGGUAUUUUGUGCCAGAGAUAUUUCAUGUCCUUCUGGGAAACUUGAACCUGGUAUCUUGCAAAUGGUUCUUGCUCAGCGUUCCCUGUUUUCUCGACGUUCUUGGCCCCUUUCGGCCCCAUUUUCUUGAAAGAACUCUCAAAGCUAAACAAGAUCUGCAUGUCAAACUGUGCAAAAUUAUGUUAGCCUAGCCCCAACACCUCAGUCCCUUUUAGAGGAAGGUUAAGAAUGGGUUCAAGUUCAAUUAAUAAAUAAUCAUGGGGUAU